UCGGUUCGCCGUCAGUUUCCUGCUGCUGUAAGAAGAGCGGCGUCGAGACAGACUGGGAAGACUCAACACCACCACCUCCAAUAACUAUACUGUACAAUGAAACUGUUAGCAAUAUCUCCAUCUCUCGAUAUCCGCUUCGUCACGGUUAUAUCGCUGGUGAUGGGCCUUUCUACUCCUGGACAAGCAGAAAUCACCAGUCUGGACUCAAGCAACAUUGAUGACGUCCUAAAUAAUGCUGGGGUGGCAUUAGUGAAUUUUUAUGCAGACUGGUGCAGGUUCAGUCAGAUGCUCCAUCCAAUUUUUGAGGAGGCAUCAAACAUAGUGAGGGAGGAAUUCCCCAAUACCAAGCAGGUGGUGUUUGCCCGCGUCGACUGUGACCAACAUUCGGAUAUAGCCCAGCGGUACCGCAUAACCAAGUAUCCGACAUUGAAGCUGUUCCGCAAUGGGAUGAUGAUGAAGAGGGAGUACAGGGGUCAGAGGUCGGUGUCAGCCAUCGCUGACUUCAUCCGCCAGCAGCAGGUCGACCCUGUGAAAGAGUUACACUCAGUGGAGGAGUUUGCUACUGUGGAUAGGAGCAAGAGAAACAUCAUAGGUUACUUUGAAAAAAAGGACUCCGAUAACUACCACUCAUAUGAAAAAGUAGCCAACAUUCUUCGAGAUGACUGCACAUUCUUGGCUGCCUUUGGCACUGUGUCUGAGUCCGAGCGCUUCAGUGGAGACAAUGUAAUCUACAAGCCUGUGGGGGAGAACAUUCCUGACAUGGUCUAUCUCGGCUCACUCACCAACUUCGACCUGACCUACGCUUGGGCCCAGGACAAGUGUGUGCCUCUGGUCAGGGAGAUCACCUUUGAAAAUGGAGAGGAGCUGACUGAAGAAGGAAUCCCUUUCCUCAUCUUGUUCCAUGUUAAAGAAGAUGCACAGAGCUUAGAGCAGUUCCAGCAGGAAGUAGCUCGCCAGCUCAUCAGCGAGAAAGGGUCUAUAAACUUCCUGCACGCGGACUGCGACAAGUUUCGCCAUCCUCUGCUCCAUAUCCAGAAAACUCCAGCUGACUGUCCUGUCAUUGCUAUAGACUCCUUCAGACACAUGUAUGUCUUUCCCGACUUCAAAGACCUUGC